AUGGCAAAGACUGGGAAGAAGCAGCUGGCUGGAGGGGGAAAGAGGCAUCUGGAACCUGUUGCUGAAGUUCCUUCCAAAAGAGUCACCAGGAGGACAUCAAGUGAAGCGUCUGCAACCAACAAUGAAGAUACUCCGCCCCGCAACAAUCGCAGUAGCUCACCGCAGAUUGAUGAAAGGAUCGAUGAAGCAAGCACUGUUCGCAGGGACACAGGUCCUACUGCAUCUGAUGUCAUGGUCCAUCAGCACUUUGAUUCUGAUGGUUUUCUUGAUCCUGAGGAUGAUGAAGGUGGCCGUAAAAGGAAGGGCACCGGGCUGGAGCGGAUUUGCAAGGGGAUGGGAGUCAAGCUUACCAUUGAGAUUCCUCCAGGGCUGAAACGUCCUGAGAAGCCUUUGCCUGCUGCCAAGUUUGCAUCGGAGGGUGGAAUGCUUGCAAGAGGCCAGAUGCCGCUCCUUCCGCAUUUCAAGUUGUACAAGAGGGAUGAGAAUUUGUUGGCCGACUUCGUUGGAAAGAUGGGGGCAAAUUUCAACAUGGACACAGAGUCGGAAGACAUCCAGAAGGCUUGCUAUGACGUACUGCGGAAAGUGUCGAAGAACAGGCGCUACAUCCUGAAAAGGGACUACUUCGACAAAGUACCAGCAAAUGAAGUCAGCAUCAAGUCCCCUGUUAAGGAUGUCUCAGAUGAAGAAUGGGAAGCUCUAACUGCUCUGUGGGUAACCCCAAGACACAGGAACACAUGUACCAAGAACAAGGACGAGUCGUGUCUGCGAAUUUCCUUUUGCAUCUUACUCUUGUCUCCACAAGCUUAUGUUCUGAUUCUUGGUGAACAUCAUUUCCAGAGGGAGGAGCGCAGAGGUGAAGAGCUAGAUGCAGUCGACAUCUUUAAGGCGACCCAUCACAGCAAGAAGGAUGGUUUCUCUGAGGAAGCUCUAGCUGCAAUAGCUGAUAUGGAAGCUGAGAUGGCUAUUCCUGUGCCAGAAGGUGCACCGCCAAGGUCUGCAGUCGCUGUUGUUGCAAAGGUUCUUAGCAAGGAAGCCAAGCACAGCACUUUCCUGAAGAAUGCUGGACUUCAGCCCAGUUCCACUGUCAAGCUCAACAAGCCCACCGCAGCUGCUGUAUCGGCGCAUGUUCAUGACCUGGAAGCACAGCUGAAGAGGUCCCAGGAGGAAGCUGAACAGAUGAAGCAGCAGUUUGCUGCCAUCAUGGAAGAAGCUGCUGCCCAGAAGGAGAAGCAAGCGGCAAAUGAAGCCGCACAAGCUCAGCGUGACAAGGACUACAUGGAGCUCCUCAAGCGGAUCGAGGAAAGUGAUAGGAGGCUUGCUCACAUGAUGUCCAUCUUCGAAGCAUCUGCGAAUUAG